AUGACUGGAGGAUCAUGUGGAGAAGUGGUGCGUUCUAUUUUACGAUCCCACUGCGAUGGCUCUCAAGGCAGUAUUGAGUACAUCGAGUUGUUUUUGGAUUUCGAGAACGCUUCUCCUCGUGAAGAAGAGCGCUACCUGUUUGAUCUGUGCGAAAAGAUAAUAAACCAGUGCACGGAAGUGCUUGCCGAUGUCAAGUGCUAUGGGAAAGGUGCAACUGACGAAAUCCGGCAGUCGCUCCAAAAUCCACACGAUCUAGCCCUAAGGGAUUUGGCUUUGAGUGUGGUUGCCGAUUUCGUAGCGCGGAUACGGUGUUACUUCGAACUUUCACUCAGGAUUGAGAAGCUGGUGCCAGAAUUGUUGUGGGAUCUUUGUUCUGGGCCACUUCCACCAGAAGAGCAAUUAGACAGAAAGCAGUCGUUAGCUCGACAGUUAGCUCGUCUAGUUGACUUCGUCUUGGAUUUUGACGCAGUGAAGAUGUGCACUCCUGCUCUGCAGAACGAUUUUAGCCACUAUCGGCGUGGUAUUGGGUUAGGACUACUCGACAACAGCGCCUCGGAGGUGGAGUUAGCUAAUUCCAUAUCGCUAUUUCUUGCCGCUCCUACUCCAAUGUUGUCGAGUUUGAGCUCUGCAACACUGGAGUUUGUCCGAUCUCAUCCAACACUUCCAAUCGGAAACACAACAGAUACCCUUGCUACCAUUGUUAGCGUGUGUCGGUAUAUGGUCGGGUCACCUGAGGUGGCUGAGCGUAUAACGGAGGCAACACGAUUGUUUUGCGUUCGAGUAAUGGUUGGAUGCCUCAUUUUAUACGAUCACAUUGACGAAAAUGGAGCUUUUGUGAGAGAGUCACCCAUCAAUCUCCGAGCAGUCGUCAAUGUUGUCAAGGAGCAAACACAACCCCCACAGACUGAAGCUCUGUUGAACGCACUACGCUAUACUUCCAAGCAUUUUACUCAAGCUUCAACUCCAAAAUCUGUUCGAGCUAUUCUCGCCUAA